CCAGGGCGCUCCCUGCCCCCCUGGCGCGCAGCCUCGGCCAGCCUUGGCGUCCGGUGACAGCGGCCUGUGGGGGGCAGGGGGCGCGGGGGCGGCCGGACCAGCGAUGCCGGCGGGCAUGACGAAGCAUGGCUCCCGCUCCACCAGCUCGCUGCCCCCGGAGCCCAUGGAGAUCGUGCGCAGCAAGGCGUGUUCGCGCCGGGUGCGCCUCAACGUCGGGGGGCUGGCGCACGAGGUGCUCUGGCGCACCCUGGACCGCCUGCCCCGCACGCGCCUCGGCAAGCUCCGCGACUGCAACACGCACGACUCGCUGCUCGAGGUGUGCGACGACUAUAGCCUCGACGACAACGAGUAUUUCUUUGACCGCCACCCGGGCGCCUUCACGUCCAUCCUCAACUUCUACCGCACCGGCCGGCUGCACAUGAUGGAGGAGAUGUGCGCGCUCAGCUUCAGCCAGGAGCUCGACUACUGGGGCAUCGACGAGAUCUACCUGGAGUCCUGCUGCCAGGCCCGCUACCACCAGAAGAAGGAGCAGAUGAACGAGGAGCUCAAGCGCGAGGCCGAGACCCUGCGUGAGCGCGAGGGAGAAGAGUUUGACAACACGUGCUGUGCGGAAAAGCGGAAAAAACUCUGGGACCUCUUGGAGAAACCCAAUUCCUCUGUGGCUGCCAAGAUCCUGGCCAUCAUCUCCAUCAUGUUCAUCGUCCUCUCCACCAUUGCCCUGUCACUCAACACACUGCCUGAGCUGCAGAGCCUGGAUGAGUUUGGCCAGACCACAGACAACCCCCAACUGGCCCACGUGGAGGCUGUUUGCAUUGCCUGGUUUACCAUGGAGUACCUGCUGCGUUUCCUCUCCUCACCCAAGAAGUGGAAGUUCUUUAAGGGCCCACUCAAUGCCAUUGAUUUGUUAGCCAUUUUACCCUACUAUGUCACCAUCUUCCUCACUGAAUCUAACAAGAGUGUGCUACAGUUCCAGAAUGUUCGCCGAGUGGUCCAGAUCUUCCGCAUCAUGCGUAUCCUCCGCAUCCUUAAGCUGGCACGCCACUCCACUGGCCUGCAAUCCCUGGGCUUCACCCUCCGGAGAAGCUACAAUGAGCUGGGCUUGCUCAUCCUCUUUCUUGCUAUGGGCAUCAUGAUCUUCUCCAGCCUGGUCUUCUUUGCUGAGAAGGAUGAGGAUGACACCAAGUUCAAAAGCAUACCAGCAUCCUUCUGGUGGGCCACCAUCACCAUGACCACGGUUGGCUAUGGAGACAUUUACCCCAAAACUCUCCUAGGGAAAAUUGUGGGUGGACUCUGUUGCAUAGCAGGGGUGCUGGUGAUUGCUCUUCCCAUCCCCAUCAUUGUCAACAACUUCUCUGAGUUCUACAAGGAGCAGAAGAGGCAAGAGAAAGCAAUCAAGAGGAGAGAAGCUCUGGAAAGAGCCAAGAGGAAUGGGAGCAUUGUGUCCAUGAAUAUGAAGGAUGCCUUUGCCCGGAGCAUCGAAAUGAUGGACAUCGUGGUGGAGAAAAAUGGAGACAAUCUGAGUAAGAAGGACAAAGUACAAGAUAACCACCUAUCUCCCAACAAAUGGAAAUGGACAAAGAGGACGCUGUCCGAAACCAGCUCAAGUAAGUCCUUUGAAACCAAGGAGCAGGGAUCCCCAGAGAAGGCCAGGUCAUCUUCCAGUCCCCAGCACCUCAAUGUGCAGCAGCUGGAAGAUAUGUACAAUAAAAUGGCUAAGACCCAAUCUCAGCCCAUCCUCAGUAGCAAAGACUCAGCGUCCCAGAGCAAGCCAAAGGAAGAACUUGAAAUGGAGAGCAUCCCCAGCCCCAUUGCCCCUCUGCCCACGCGUACAGAAGGAGUCAUUGACAUGCGAAGCAUGUCUAGCAUAGACAGUUUCAUCAGCUGUGCCACUGACUUUCCUGAGAACACCCGAUUCUCCCAUAGCCCCUUGGCAACACUCCCCAGCAAGCCUGGGGGCAGCAUGACCUCAGAGGUAGGCUGGAGGGGAGUUCUGGGAGCCAGUGGUGGUAGAUUUGGAGAGGCCAGGUCCACCCCCGAAUCCAGCCAUCACUCCUCUUUCUUCAUCGAGAGCCCCAAGAGUUCCAUUAAAACCAAUAACCCCUUGAAGCUCCGAGCACUCAAAGUCAACUUUAUGGAGAGUGAGUCAAGCCCUCUGGUCCCUGUUCUGGGGAUGUCCCAGGACCCUCUGAGGAUUCGGGGGGGUGCUGCGGCUGCUGUUGCUGGACUGGAGUGUGCCACACUCUUGGACAGGUCUAUCCUGAGUCCAGAAUCUUCCAUCUACACUACAGCAAGUGCUCGGACACCCCCACGGUCGCCUGAGAAGCACACAGCAAUAGCAUUCAACUUCGAAGCUGGCAUCCACCAGUACAUUGAUGCAGACACAGAUGACGAGGGGCAGGUGCUCUAUAGUGUGGGCUCAAGCCCUCCCAAGAGCCUCCACGGGGGCGCCAGUCCCAAGUUUAGUGUUGGGACCAGAACGGAGAAGAAUUACUUUGAAAGCUCACCCUUACCCACUUCCCCUAAAUUCCUAAGGCAGAACUGCAUUUACUCUGCAGAAGCAUUGACUGGAAAAGGCCCCAGUGGGCAGGAAAAGUGUAAACUCGAGAACCACAUCUCCCCUGAUGUUCGUGUGCUCCCUGGGGGAGGAGCCCAUGGGAACACACGAGAGCAGAACCUCUGAACUGGCCUUCGGGGAGGAGAAGGUGAGUGACCAGGCCCAAAGACAAGGCUGCUCAGCUGUCGUGCUGCAGAGCUUUCCUGCAAGAACUCUGAACCACAGAGGCUCUGCCAAGGCUCCAGAAAGAACAGAGACUCUGGCAAAAGGCUUAAAGUGCCAUGACAAGUCCUCCAUGAUAGAGUUGACCAAGCCAUUGGAUAUGGUUCCUCCUUUGGUCAACUCCCGGCCCUCUUUGGGAGACAAUGUGGACAGAACUCACAACCACCUCUGCCACAUUCUUGGAAUAUCCCAGGCUACCUGCUCCCCAUUCUUUACUCCUGGCUGUCCACUCACCUCCCCAGCCAAAGAGGGACGCUAUCAUAAAUGGCUGGUGUGGAAGGAAUGGGCUGGGUAUGGCUGGGCUAUCUCUCUGAACUCCUAUCCAUCCUUGAUGGGUUCCUCAAGUAGAUGGCUGCAGGAAAUUCAGGGGCCAUGAGGAAGUUGCUGCGCCAUAAGCCACAAUCCCAGCGCAGAGCCCUUUUCCCUCAAUGUCUUCAUUGACUUCCGUAUUCUGUGGUACCUGAGGUUUUAUUUUGAGCUGUCAUCAGGGUGAGUUGCACCACUUGUACUCGAUUCUAAUCACCCCCUGGCAAUCUGGGAAGGGUUCAGGAGGCGGGCAUUCAGCCAACUGUCUGAACUCUGAGCAUUGCUGGAGGGUUGUUGAAGAAAACGCUUUUCUGUACAUCGCUAGUGUAGACUCAAAAGAUAUGCAAGUGUCAAAUAUGCAAAAGAUAGAGCUUAUUCAAAGAUACCGUUUGUUCCUGAAGAACAGAAUAAAGUCUGAUUUUUUUUAUCUGAAAAAAAACAAAAAGAGAAAAAAAUUGAAAUGCCCAGUUGAGACUUUUGAAUACAUCCUGCUGAUGCAGGAAAAGCACCUACUAUGAUAGAAAUUCUUUUACUUUUACUUUUUCUUUUUUGGUUUGUUUGUUUCUGUGGUAUUCAAGCUUAAAAAAAAGUUAAAAUAAAAAGCACUUUAUGUUUUUCAAAACUAGGUUCUACCAGGGACAAUGUCAACAUCUUUGCACUUUAAAACAAGCACGAUUUCCCGUGGGCCACUUACUGUUGGGACUCCAGCUUGGUUGUAACAAUAUGCCCGAAUCUGGCUACAGAGGGUAAUGUACUGGGAUCGCUAUAUGCCAUGGCAAACAUCUGCGGGCUCCUUUACUGGCCCUUGAAGCUCCCCCAUAACCCCCUUGCAUCAGGAAGGCUGCUGUCCCUUGAGCAGAGCCCUUUGGUAACAUCAGUGGCCAUGCACAGCUCCAAAAAAUGCAGCAGACAGUUGGGCAUUGGGCAUUUUACUCUCUGUUCUCUUUCCUGUCCACCAGCUGUUGCUGUGCUUUCCAUGUAACUGUCUGUACCCAAAGCUCAUCUCUCCUUUCUGCAGCCAGUACAGACAAAAGCAAUAAGUUUCCAUGUACAUUGUGAGCGGGUCCAGUGUAUUUCUAGGUGUUGGUCUUCCCAUCCUAGUCUGACAACUCAGCAUUAGCCUGCCUGAUUUCAGUCCAACCCCACCAGUACUGCUGGCCCUUCCUCCCAGCAGCGGCAUUGGGUAGGGCCAAUGGUUAGCAUGAUGCCACACUUCGGGGCCGUCAGCAAGGAUGAUGUGACUGAUUGGCCUGUCUGUGGUUUCUAUGGGGCCAUGUUGUUCUCUCCACCCAAUAUUGAGGGAUGCUGUUCCAAGGGGAAUAGGGUAAAUCUGUCGCUCCAUAAUAUAGUGACAAGCAUAUGUCUUCCUGCUGGGACAAAAUGUGCUGUGGUUUUCCUGUCCAUCAGACAAUUGGUUAUUGGUCUGCCUUUUGGUACUAUGGUACCAUCCACCUGUUAGUAUACAAAUAUGGGGCCAUUCCAUCUGCCCUCCGUACCCAUGGCAUGAAGUGAGAUUACCUGUCACCCAGAAAUGAGGACAUUGACUCAUGCCUCCUCUCUUAAAAGUAUGUGUUCUCUGCUGCAUAUUUGCCUGGUUCAGACUGUUGCUAAAAGUCACCCAUGAUUGUAGAUCCCCAUCCCAACAGGCUGCACCGCUGUCCCCUGCUCUGUUCACAAAGAUACCAAGUAUUGAACUAUUUGACUCUUUUCGAGCUCUCUUCUGAGCAGCCUUGGAGCAAAUGCUAAGGGACUUGGUGGGGGGCGGGUGGCAGGAGAGGGUGAGGUGACCACGGGCUGGUGGCACAGCAGAGCCAGGAUGCAGCAGGUUUGGCGCGAGCUUUUCCUAGUAUUUCCCAUGUCUCUUUGUUCUCAUCAUCACUACUGUCCACCAUCAGCACAAAUGUGAAAAUUCAGGGAAAACAAACAAAUGCUUUUUGAUAAAAAGUAAAUAGUUGUGAUUUCCGAUUCAGAUAUUUUUAGAGCUGAUGCUAUCUGUAAAAAAAAAUAAUAGUCACAAUAAUAUAGUCUAUUUUACAUAUCAGGAAAGUGAACAUGUUUAAAUAUAGCCAUAUAUAUAGUUAGAAGGAACCUAACACCCCUUCUUCCAAUCUAGGCAUUUUAUUUGUUGGUUAAAGCAGACAGGAAGUGUACAUUGAAAAUUACUUCUCUUUACUUUUAUUUUUUUUAAUAAAAACAAUAACCAAUUGGUGCAACUCUCCUUGUAACCAAAGGCCCUUUCUGCCUUGUGUGGUCAUGUGGACCGAGACCUUCCCUCCUUCUGUAUUUUGUCUGACCUUAAAGUAGCAUUUUAUUGAGUCACUUUUGAAGGACGAAUUCAGAAGUAUCAUUAAGAACCUACCUUUUCAGGCUUAAAAGCCAGAGUCCUAUAGAGUUCUUAUAGAAACAGAAUAAUUGAAACUCAGCAUAUACUAUGCUUAGAAAGUAUUGUGUUCGGGGAUUGGUUUGUUUUUGUUUUUAUUUUUCCUUUAAUUUGUACAUGUAUUGUGGGAAUGGUGUCUUUGACCCCUAUGCCCUGUUCAAAAUAGAGUAUUGUAAGUUUUCCCAAGCCCUCCACCUGCAAAAGGAACCCACCCACACCCAUUUUUCACAUGUGAAAACCCUGCCACCCCAUCUGAUUCAGUGUACAAAUGCACUGCAGAAUCUACCCAAGGUUAUUAGCUCAGCCCAAUAGGCAGAUCUUGAGAGGAGAGAGGAAAGCAAGUAUUUGGAAACAAAUACUGCUUUAACUCAGUGAACCAUCUCUCACCGUUCAUGAAGCAACAGGAGUAGAAACACACCAUGUCAACCCAAAGACGUGAAACAAGAGGCUGGAGGUGAAGGCAUUCCUGGUCUCAUGGAUGAAUUCAGAGAAACUAAUCAAGUCAGCCGAACCUGAGUUCCAACUUCUACCAUUCUCAGUAAGGGCUAAGGACCAGGUACUGAGGCAUCCUGACCUCCUGGCAACUGGCCACCACAGAGAGGCUGCACUGAGAGGGCGGCAAGGGGAGCAAUCACCUGUCUCCCUUUGUAUCUUUGGGUCAAGAAAAAAAAUGAGGACUCCGUGGGUAGAUUUCCCAGUGCCUUCUUUAGGAAUUUUAUCUUAAGCACAUUUGAUGGGGAAAGAACCAAGAAGAGAGACCAUCUGUGCCCGUGGAACCCCUUCCUUUUCAAGCAAUUUGGGGAUCAAGAGAGGAGAAGAGGAAGAAUGGGGGAGCAGUUAAAUCCUGAGGAAUUCGUUUUCUUCCGCCCAGCUUGCCCCUGAGAAUUACUGACGAUGCAAACUUUCUCAAACUGAUUCCCAAUUUCUCCCACACUGUGUCUUAGUAACUGUAGCCUGCUCUUUCUCCUACUAAGAUCCACAUUUCUAAGGAGAAAACAACCAGUAUUCUCUUCUGUAAAUCUGUAAUGUAUUGUUGAUGUUGGUAACUUGUAUAUCUCUGUCUUGCUCCAAAUCCUGGCUGGAGUGUCUGGGUUGAGAGCCUGGGGAAAGUUUUUAAUUCAACCCCUUGGAGAAUAAGGGUUACUAAAAA